CGUCCAUCCAUGUCAUUGUCAUGUCACUCAUGUCAAUAUUUCGUUUUCGUAUUUAUAAAUAAUAAGUUCAACUUGAAAAUAUAGUUUUGGUUGGUUUGGCAAUUUUUAUUGAAGCUGUUUGAUUCUUUUAAGUUUAAUUGGAAAAAUGGCUAGUUCCUCUAGAUAUGAUACAAACAAAGUUUGUUGUCCUUCACAUCCAGAUGCUCCAUUGAUUGAGGACUAUAGAGCAGGAGACCAGAUUUGUUCAGAAUGUGGAUUAGUUGUUGGGGAUAGGGUUAUAGACGUUGGAUCAGAGUGGAGAACCUUCAGCAAUGAAAAGAGUGGUGUUGAUCCAUCUCGUGUUGGUGGUCCAGAGAAUCCAUUACUCAAUGGUGCUGAUUUAACAACAAUGAUUGGACCUGGACGAGGUGAUGCAGCUUUCGACUCAUUUGGUGCAGCAAGAUAUCAAAAUCGAAGAUCUAUCAGUAGUUCAGACAGAGCUUUGAUUACUGCAAUGAAAGAGAUCAAUGCAAUGGCUGAUAGAAUCAAUUUACCAAGAACAAUUGUUGACAGAGCGAACAAUUUAUUCAAACAAGUUCAUGAUGGGAGAAAUCUGAAAGGAAGGUCAAAUGAUGCAAUUGCCUCCGCUUGCUUGUACAUAGCCUGCCGACAGGAAGGAGUACCAAGGACCUUCAAGGAAAUCUGUGCAGUUAGUAAAAUCAGUAAAAGGGAAAUUGGUCGAUGUUUCAAACUGAUUCUGAAAGCUUUGGAAACUUCUGUUGAUCUCAUCACCACAGGUGACUUCAUGUCUCGUUUCUGCUCAAAUCUUGGUCUUCCAAAUAUGGUUCAGAGAGCUGCCACCCAUAUAGCUAGGAAAGCUGUUGAGUUAGAUAUUGUUCCAGGAAGGUCCCCCAUUUCUGUUGCUGCUGCUGCUAUAUAUAUGGCCUCGCAGGCUUCAGAGGAUAAAAAGAGUCAAAAAGAAAUAGGUGACAUUGCUGGUGUUGCCGAUGUCACAAUAAGACAGUCAUAUAAACUGAUGUAUCCUCAUGCUGCGAAUCUAUUUCCUGAAGAUUUCAAAUUUGCAACCCCUAUUGAUCAGUUGCCACAAAUGUGAAUAAAUUAGAUUUAGAAUAUUCUGGGACAGAUAUAUACAUAUAUAUAUAUAUAAAAUAAUAUUCUUAUAAUUUAUAAGGUAAAAGUUUAUUAAAUAAGCACAGUAAAUUGUUAAUUUUCUUUAUAAUAUAUCUUUAUUAAUA